UACAAAAGUAGUGAUCUUGUUUGUCGAUCUUUACUGCACAGAGGACUUUGGUUAACCUCGCGGUACCAUGUUUUGCCAAUGCCUGUAGAUACAUGUACAUGUACAAGGCUACAAUGGUAAGGUGUAUAAUCCGUUGAACAACUCUAAUGAGACGAGUAUUGUUGUCUGUGUAAGGUGCAUUUUUCAUCAGUCUUGAAUUCGAAAGAGUUAUGGAGAUUACAAGCAAAACAGUUGCCAUAAUUGGGUGCGGAGUGUCUGGCCUUGCGGCAGUUAAAUGUUGCCUGGACGAAGGCCUUCAACCAACUUGCAUUGAGAGGGCAGAUGACAUAGGCGGUCUCUGGUACUACCGCGACAACAGUGAACACCAGGCGAUGACCACGGUCUACAAAUCGACUACCAGCACAGGCACCAAAGAGGGCAUGUGCUACAGCGACUUCCCCUUUCCCAAGGAGUGGCCGAAUAGUCUGCGUCACAGUUACGUAAAGAAGUACUGCGACAUGUAUGCCGACAAGUUUGGUCUCAAUGAGCACAUCCGCUUCUCUACUAGAGUGACUCGCUUGUCUCAGGCCCCAGAUUACGAGGCUACUGGGCGAUGGGUUGUCACUACUCAACCAGAGGGAUCGGCUGAAUCCCAGGAGACAAGCCAGGAGUUUGAUGCUGUAAUGAUCUGCACUGGGAUGUUCAACAACCCCCACAUCCCAGACUUCCCAGGUCUUGAUGUGUUCCAGGGGAAGGUAAUACAUAGCCAGGCUUACCGGACGCCAGAUGAGUAUAAAGACAAACGAGUGGUGGUGGUUGGGAUUGGUAAUUCGGGAGGAGAUGCAGCUACGGAUGUCAGCCGUCUAGCAUCUCAGGUGUACUUGAGUUGCAGGCGUGGAGUUUGGCUUACCGGUCGAGGAGGGGAUAACGGCUACCCUUUCGACCUGGAAGUAAUUCGUCGAUACUACUGGGUCCCUUUAAAGUUAAAAAUGAUGCUCUUGAAGAAAUCAAUAGAGCGUCGAAAUAAACUUGCCAUGGCAUCACUGCAACCUUCCCACAGUCUCUUGGCUUGUGAGCCGCAGAUGAGUGAGCAGCUACCAGAUUGUAUCAUGAACGGGUCUGUCGUUAUCAGAGCAGGCCCAGCAAGGUUCACCAAGACGGGUCUUGAGUUUGAAGAUGGCACCUUCGAGGAUGACAUUGAUGCUGUCAUCAUGGCGUCUGGGUACCGCUUCAAGAUUCCAUUUGAGGUAGACUGCCCUGCAUUGGAGAUGAAGGAUGGUUCAGUUCCCCUCUACAAGCUUGUCUUCCCUCUUGGGCUGAAACACAACACUCUCUCAUUUAGCGGGGCAAUGGAAGUUCUCGGUGCUGUCAUCCCAUGCGUGGAGCUGCAGGCUCGCUGGGCUGCGAGGGUCUUCAAAGGGUUGGCCAAGCUUCCAUCCCAGCUCGAGAUGCAGGCUGAGGUGACGAUGACUGAUGAGAUGAUGAAGAAGAGCUUUCUACCCCCUCAUCGACACGUUGGCGCUGUAGCUUACGGAGACAGUAUCGCUACUGAAAUUGGUGCCAGACCGAAUUUCCUGAAGCUGUUCUUCACUCAUCCUGUGCUGACUCUCCGGUGCCUGUUUGGCCCUCAUGUGCCGUAUGUGUAUCGCUUGACAGGUCCCGGAAAGACAGAGGAAGCCAAGAAGGCAAUCAACACAGUUUGGGAGCGUGUUCUGGCGCCGACAGUGACAAGACGCGUGGAAGUAAAACGUGAAUCUUCUCCGCUGGCCUUCCAAUUUCUUUGUCUGUCCAUAGUUGCGUCAGUAACUGCCAUAUUAUUUGUUCAGUUCUGGUGAAUAAAAUUACUGCCCUUGUAACGUAAGUGCCAGAAAAGGGUGUUUAUUGCCAACAUGCUCAAGUGUAAGAAUCAUUUGUCAUCGAGCAUAUUAUUACAUGUACAUUGCAAAAGGAAUAUAUAAAAACAAGUUUGAUUAAAUGGCUUUAAUUUGGGCAAAUCGUAAUUUUUUCCUCUCUAUUAUUUGAUACAAUAUAUCACUUUUUGGGCUAUUAGACCUGUAACUUAUAUUGGUUAUUCUUAUUACUAAGACACUUUACCCAUUCCUUUUGGUCGUGUGCCGGUCUUAAACGGAUGAUAGACAUGACUGGCUGGUCUUAAACGCUUUUUCAGUGUCGCAUGAAAUUCGGACUAUCAAAUCCUGUGUCUUUUACCAUUUUUUAAUAUUGUUUGAAC